UUCUUUAAUUAACUAUUGCCUGCCCUGCGACUGCAAUCUGGAAACCAUCAACUUUGUUGCUUUCUUCGUCUACGGGUGGAUGGAUGAAUCUGAACGUAGCCAUGUUUUCGAUUCGAAUCUCUUUCCUUUUAGAAAAAUAGAGAAAUCAACCCCACCCCCAGGUAUGAAACGAAUAAAUCCACCCCACUUGACUGAGGUAAAUGGAAAGGAAAGUGAAGGAUGGAGAGACUGGCACUGUGGACGGUCAAACUGAAGCCAUGGUUAGUGAUUGACAUGCUAUGUCUGUAAAAGUCACCGCCGGCCUGCGUGCUACUUGCCUACAGCCUGUCCUCUGCUUCUGCCUCUGCCUCUGCCUCUGCCUCUGUAUAUUACGGCCAGAUACAUCCAUCAUCAGACCCCACCUUUCUCUCUCUCUCUUAGUAACAAACUAAAUACAGAAAACUACUCCUACAUAUUAUCAUACUGCUUCCUUCCUAGUCUCGGGUCCCUUUUCCUGAUGAGGGUUUGGUCUUGAACUGGAAUGAGAUAUUUUUUGUUGGUUUGACCAUACAAGUUUGGAAUACAUUUUGUUCGUCAAGCGUGCGGAAAGAAACAUGGAUCCACGUUUUGGGGGACCAACUAAUGAAUUUCAAUGGAGGGAUCCUUCUUGGAAUGGAUUGCAACUGAUAAGGAAUCAAUCCAUGGCCGAGUUUCCCGAUGGGAGUGGUCCUGGAUUUGCGACCUCUAACUCAGAACAGAAGCUGGUCAAUGUCAAUGUCAAUGGCCAUGGAGAAGAAAUGGUGUCGUUUUACCAAGGCAUUGCAGUGCCCGGAACUCCACCGGCUGUAACAGAAACCGAGGAUGAGUAUGCAGAUGACUGUGAUUUUUCAGAUGCUGUGUUGAGAUACAUUGACUACAUGCUGAUGGAAGAAGACAUAGAGGACAAGACACAUAUGCUUCAAGAGUCAUUGGAUUUUCAGGCGAAAGAGAAGUCGUUCUACGAGGUACUAGGUAAGAAGUAUCCUCCUUCGCCGCAGCUGCAGCCGCAGCAGCCUAGAACGGAUCUUAUCAAUCACGGCUACCUGAAUCUGAAUGAUGGCCAGGGCCGCCAGGUGGAUUGUGAUGAUUCCCUAGAAGGUUAUUUCGGAUUUAGGUUGAAUGGCCUGGCGGAAGAAUUCUCCGAUUCCCCGAUAAGUCCUCUUCAAAUGCGGGAUAUGUUGUGCAACGACAACCAAUGCCAGUCUGUUUGGAAUUUCAAGAAAGGUGUUGAAGAGGCGAGGAAGCUCCUCCCCGGUGGUGGUGGUGGUGGUGGUGGUGGUGGCACUACUACUACUACUACUAACUUGUUGGAUGGCAGUUGCAUAGAUGAAUGCCUAAAAAGGGAAAAGAUAGGGACAAGGGGCAAGAAAACUCAUGCCGGGGAUAUCGAUUUGGAUCGCCAAGAGGGGAGAAGUAGCAAGCUCUCAGCAGUUGCCGUGGAAUCUAAUCUUCCAAUGGAAGAAUUCGAUGAUGUUUUGCUUCAUACCCUUGGGGAGAGUGGAGAAAAAUUUGCUGCUUACAGGGAUGACCUGCGAGAUGCAGCGAGCCAGGGCCAGGUGACGAAGCCCAAAGGAUCGAGCAGGGGAAAGGGGCGUGGCAAGAAACAGGGGAGGAAGAAACAAGUGAUAGAUCUGAGAACCCUCUUGAUCAACUGUGCUCAGGCUGUUGCUGCAGAUGACUGUCAGAAUGCUAACGAGCUGUUAAAACAGAUCCGGCAGCAUUCUUCGCCCCUCGGGGAUGGGAAUCAGCGGUUGGCUUAUUAUUUUGCGGAUGGCCUGGAGGCCCGUCUGGCAGGAACUGGAAGCCAAAUACACAAGGCUCUGGUGAAUAAGAGAACAACUGCAGCUGAGUAUUUGAGAGCUUACUACACUUACCUCGCCUCGUCCCCAUUCAGGAAAAUAUCCAACUUUGCAUCCAACAAGACCAUUAUGAUCAAAUCGGCCAAGGCAAUGAGAGUUCAUGUCAUAGAUUUUGGUAUUCUAUACGGCUUUCAGUGGCCGACGUUUCUCCAACGAAUAGCCGAGAGGAAAGGCGGUCCUCCUACUGUUCGGAUUACAGGCAUUGACUUCCCACAGCCGGGAUUCAGACCUGCGGAGAGAAUCCAGGAGACGGGACGCAGGCUGGCACACUAUGCCAAAAUGUUUGAUGUCCCGUUUGAGUACAAUGCCAUAGCACAAAGUUGGGAAACAAUCAGGAUAGAGGAUCUCAAGAUCGACAAGGAUGAAUUUGUGGUGGUCAACUGCUUGUACCGAACCAAAAACUUGCUCGACGAGACGGUGGUAGCCGAGAGUGCGAGAACAAAGGUGCUUAACUUGAUUAGGAAAAUCGAUCCAAAUGUAUUCAUUCACGGGAUAGUGAACGGGGCAUACAGUGCCCCGUUCUUUGUGACUCGGUUCCGCGAGGUGUUGUUCCACUUUUCAGCAAUGUUCGACAUGCUGGAAACGAAUAUACCGCGGGAGAGAGCGGAGAGAAGGCUGAUCGAAAGGGAUAUAUUCGGGAAGGAAGCGCUGAAUGUGAUUGCGUGCGAGGGGUGGGAGAGGACGGAGAGGCCGGAGACGUACAAGCAGUGGCAGGUGCGGGACAUGAGGGCUGGCUUCGUCCAAGUAGGCUGGGAGAGGGAGAUGAUGGAGCGGGCGAGGCACAAGGUCAGGGCAUUCUACCACAAGGAUUUCCUCAUCGAUCAGGACGGGUCGUGGCUGCUCAUGGGGUGGAAAGGCAGGAUUGUAUACGCCAUAUCCUGCUGGAAGCCUGCCUCUUCGGUUAAUUAAUUAGCUCUGCCACUUCAUCUUCGUCCACCCCCCCGACACGCCCGUGUUGGUUUCCCUCUCUUACUUUUAACUCAUGUUGACUACUUGUGGGUGAGAUCUGAUUUCAUUUGAUUUGUUAGCUUGCUAAGUUCUUUUAGGCAUUCGCAUUGGUCGUAUGAAUGAAUUGACACAAUAUACAGACACGCACACAAAUGCUUCCAGUCUAAAAGAUUCUCAAUAUUUUUAGAA